AUGGAGCCAAAAAAUCUAACACUGACAUUAUUAGAAAAAAUUACGGAUAAUUUCUCCAAGGAGCGAUUACUUGGUCAUGGUGCAUAUGGAAAAGUUUACAAGGGUGUGCACGAUGGACGAGAGAUUGCUGUGAAGCUGCUCAAUAAUAACAUGCAAACAAUUGACGAUGAGCAAUUCAUCCACGAGUUUUCUAACCUUAUGAUGCUAAACCAUCCAAACACUAUACAGUUGGUUGGCUACUGCUAUGAAACACGACGUGAGCAUAUGGAAUUCAAGGGCAAAACUGUUUUUGGUGAAACAACAUAUAAAGCACUUUGCUUCGAGUAUAUGCCCAAGGGGAGCCUUCAAAGGCAUCUUUCUGAUGAAUGUAAUGGAUUCGAUUGGCAAACACGUUACAAAAUUAUCAAAGGGGCCUGUGAAGGUUUAAAAUACCUCCAUGAAGGAUUCGAAAAACCAUUUUACCACUUGGACCUAAAACCAGACAAUAUCCUUCUAGAUAAAAACAUGGUCCCUAAACUAGCGGAUUUUGGUUUGUCCAAGCUUUUUGGCGAAGAACAAACUAGGGUGACACAAAGUACUAUUGCAGGAACUGUUGGAUACAUGCCACCAGAAUACUUAUUUGGAAAUUUAGUCUCAAAUAAGUUAGACAUAUUCAGCUUGGGUGUUGUAAUGACCAAGAUAAUUGCAGGGCAUAAUGGCCACGAUGAGCUUCUUGAUCAAGUACAAGUAAAUUGGAGAAAAAGGUUGCAGACAACAUGGUGCUCUCCCGAGCCACUAGAAGCACAAUGUCAACAAGUGAAAAGAUGCAGUGAGAUUGCAUUGAGCUGCAUGGAGACGGAUAGGCACAAAAGGCCAAGUAUAGUGGAUAUCAUACAUGAACUUAACAAGACUGAAGCUUUUAUGGAGAAGAUUACUACUUACUAUGAACAAGAACCGUCACCACUACCUUCCAAUUCAAAUGUUGUUCAACCUGUAGCAUCAGCUGGACCUUCAAAUCCAUUCCCACCACCUGUCCCAACAGCAUCUUACAUUGGAUCUUCAACACCUCGCUGGCUUCCACCUCCAGUGACUAGUUCUGUCAUGCUGCCACCACCGACAUCGCCACCGCCAAGUGGUGGCCUGACGAAAUUCUUCCGCAUGUCCAUCCGGCGCAAGCCCAAGAUGAAAGUACAGACACAGACGGACACGCAAACGCUUGCACACCCAAAUGCUCACAAAUUCACUUACCAACAAUUGGUGGGUGCAACCCGUGACUUCGCAGACACGCGAAUGCUUGGAAAGGGUGCCUUUGGUGUUGUCUAUAAAGGUGCAGUGAUGGUGCAAGACAAAGAGGUGGACGUGGCUAUAAAAACGGCACUUGUUGUGUCAGAUGAAGCUAGGGCUGCCUUUAAGAACGAGGUUGAGAUUAUGAGCCCGCUGAACCAUUCCAACAUUAUACGUCUUGUGGGUUCGUGCGACGAAGAGGACAAUCUCUUGCUUGUUUACGAACUAGUGGAGGAUCGCAACCUUCAGGCUCGGCUUUAUGGCCAUGGUGCUCGUGUGGACGCAGAACUAACCGGUGUAAGGGCUCGGGGUUCAAGCCUUUAUCUAGAUUGGCGGAAAAGGUAUAACAUACUGCUUGGAAUAACCUGGGGUCUUGAAUACCUCCAUGCUAAAUGCUCUAAAUGUGUCCUGCAUAGGGACAUCAAGCCAGGCAAUGUGAUGCUGGAUAGGGACUCCAAUGCUAAACUGUGUGACUUCGGGCUGGUGACGCAACUCACCCACGCAAUAACCUCACGCUCAACGAACAACAUCAUUGGAACACAAGGCUACAUGGACCCAGCAUACCGGAACACCGGGAAGAUAACUAAGGAAUCUGAUGUGUACAGCUUCGGUGUGCUGUUGCUUGAGGUUGUAUGUGGAGAGGAGCCAGUCCUAAUUGACGGUGCUGGGAAAAACAGCCUCAUCGAGAAGGUCCGAGAAUGUGAGAAGAGAAAUGCAAUUCUCGAUGCAGCUGCCCAACAACUAAGGGGCGAGUUUGAUGAGGAAAUCAAAGCAGCACUAUCGAUCGGGCUCUGUUGUGUCGAAACAAGACGUGGUGACCGUCCAACAAUCCAAAUUGUGUUGGGCCGGUUAUUAAGCUUGACCGGCAAAUUAGCUUCCAAUAACCGCCAUCCAAACGCAGUGUGUGAUGAGGUGUGA